ACGCUGGUGCAUUUUCCCACCUCAAAGACGACGACGGUGAUCCAUGUUUUCAAAAUAAUCCUCUUAUCCGUCGCCAGAGGAGCAAACAUGGCGCGUUUGAACCAAUCGGGGCCGAUACUGUGCAGAGGCUACAUUUUGCCAAUGCGGUCGCACCCUGUCUCGCUUGAAGCUAAGCUGUCUCCGCGCUACCUCCGAAACAGGCUAUGCAAGCGUCGGAGCUUCAGAGUAAUCCCGAACACCCUCAUUACUCCUUGCUCAACUCGGGGCAGCGGCGGACACAACUUGCUCUGAACCACGUCGACGGUCACCAUGGACCAGCUCCCUCCGGAACUACUCGAUGCAAUCUUCGU